GAAGAAGAAGAAGAUGCGUGUUGUUUCCUUUGAAGUUAACUUUCUUCACUUCCACUAAUCUAACUAAACACUUCCACACGAUGUCAUCUAAAGGCCGAGACAACGACGACAGCUCUGAAUGGCAGUCUGCACUGAAGGAGGAGCUAAACAAGAAGAUCAAGGAGCAGAAGGUUGUGGUGGACGAGCUCUCCAACCUGAAGAAGAACAGGAACGUUUACAUCCAACAGAGGAACAGCAACAUCUUCUUCCUGGCAGACCGAGGUCAGACACUGGGUUCAUGCAAAAAGGACCUGGAUAAUAUGAAAAAGGAGCUGCAGGACAUGUGAGACGAAUCGUCCUCUCAACAAUGUGUGGC